UGUACAGCCAAAACAUCCCUAACACAAAUUUUAUUCGUUUGCGAAGACAGUUAAUGUUAGAUAAGACGUUUGUUGAUAAGACACAACUCACGCGUGACGUGAAAAAUAAAAUAAUCGACGGCUCUAAAGGAUUGAUCAGCCUCUGGUGUCGUUUAAUUACGAGUAUGAUUACAGACGCAGCCGGUGAAGCCUGACUCGCGGAUGCGUGACUGCAAGGAUGCGCGCACGCAGGAGACGGUGCGUGAUAUCCCGGUGACGAGGACGAUCAGAAUUACACCACGUACACGCGCGCGAGCAGGCACGCACGAAUCCACGCACACGUACACGCGAGAGAUCAGAGACAACCGCCGAUGAGGCUGGGCCCGAUCAUCCUGUCGUGGGCCACGGCCACGGUCAGCUGGCCGGGCCUGACGGCGGCCCGAACCCCGCGUUCCCGGGACUACGAGCUCUCGACGGAGUUCUUCCUGGUGCCGUCCGAGACCGGGCAGCAUGGCCUGGCGAGCGUGGCGAGCGUCAUCAGCGUGCCGGCUCCCAAUCGGACGGUGACCGUCUUUAGGUCACCCCCGCCGGGCAUCAGGAAGAGCCAGGAAGUGGAGAUGCGACCGACCCCGAAGUCCCUGCUGAAGCAACGACCCUGGGCACUGCCCCUCGCCGCGCUGAGCGCGGCGUCGAUGCUCCUCAUGGCCAGUUUCGAGGUCUUUGUAUUGUUCAAGGCCAGAUCGACGGCUCCGAACAGACGACAUUUGUUUCUGGGACAGACGCUACUUCUGGGCCUCUUUCUUUUGGCGGGCCUUUCGGCUGCAGCUUCCCUCAGCCAAAAUCCACUGUCCUGCGCCGCUUUCCGGUUAGUGGGUCUGCCUGCCGCCCUCGUGUUCGCCGCCCUGCUGGUCAAAUGCGUCUUCCUGCUCUCGUUGAACAGCGGUGUCUAUCUGCCGGCGCCUUAUCAGGCGCUGGUGCUGGUGUUCGCAGUGUUGGUGCAGGUGGCCAUUGUCGGGCAAUGGUUUUACGGCGAACCACCUGCGGUGAUCCAGGUGCAGCAACAGCAGCAAACGGGCCAAAGCUCGUCCACCUCCUGCAAGACUCCACUCGGACAGAUAGUGGCUUCCCUCGGGUAUCCCGGAGCGCUGUUGGUGGCAGUAGCUUGUCUGGCUGUCCGGGCACGAGGUGUCCGGGACAAUAAUCGGGAGGCAGCUUUCAUCGGUCUGGCGGUCGGCCUCUCGUUGCCGAUUUGGGUCUCCAGCGGGAUCGGUUCGCUCGCUGCCGGCAGCGAGGACGAUCGAGAGGCCUGGCUGGCCUACGGCCUCCUGGCCACGUCGCUCUUCGUCUUCCUCACGAUGUUCCUGCCGAAGGGACGCCAACUGGCCGCCCUGGGUCGCGAGGGUCCCGCAGCUGUCAUUCGCGACCGCGACGAUGCCCUUAGCUCCCUUCCCGGCAGCGGCUACUCACCCUCCUUCUUUCACUUCAAGCCCGCGGAGACGUCUUUGAAGAGGAAGAUGCAUUAUCACAGUGCCGAUCGAGUCGCGCUGGUCUCGUCCGGGAUACCCGGAUGCAGCGCCUGCAGGCACGGAGGAAGUCCAAUAUACUCGGACGAUGUACAUGGACCGAUGGAGACGUUUGUCUUGCCACCUGGUAUGUACUUGAGGCCAGAGGAUGCCGGAAAUCUCUACACGACCUUGUCGGCCAAUCCCAAUGUGUUCUUCCAGAGAGCAGCUCAUCCCGGAAUGAUGUACUGAUAAGGCGAAUCUUAUUAUCGAUGACAAUAAGUCUCGUUUUUUUGUAGAUUGCGAUGUGACAAACUAUUAUUGUUUUCUCGUUGCUCUGUAAAUAAUUCAUUACAAUAUAUAUCAUUAUUCCACUUGAGCGUCUAAAGAAAGAAAGAAAAAAAUCUUGAAGCGAUAAAUCCUUUAUAUAAGUUUUUGUAAUACAGAUGAUUAUCGCCAAAAUUAAUGGACAUAUUCAUCGCGAGUAAUUAGUGAGUCUAAUGUUGUAAAUCACUGAUGCAAAAAGCUGGAAAUGUAUGCGUUACUUCCAGACCAAUGUAAUAAACAUACGUAUGAUACAUUUUUUAUACAAGAUCUACCUGCCUUUUCAAUACUUGCCGUUGAUAUUUUUAACGACAUG